UUCGUUGUUAGUCGUUACUAACGACGAUUAUGAUAUCUCGUUCCGUUGGCUCGAUCGCCGGAGAACCGCCACAGAAGAAACUGCUUGAACCGGCUUCUCCGUCUUCGCGUUCGUCGUCUCUGGCUCUUCUUCAUGACGAAAUCGUUGUGAGUUGCUUCGGGAGAUGUUACUAAUACUACCCGGCGAUUUCACUAGUCUGCAGAAACUUCAGGCGUUUAAUCGCUUCGCCAGAGAUCUACAUCGAACGGUCAGUAAUUCGCCUCACUGAACAUAUCCUCUAUGUAGCAAUUAGAUCACAAGCUACAAAAACCCUUACCUGGUACACACUCAAUUUAAAACCCUUUGGAACAACGGAUAUUAGCCAUAGAUUAGGAGUUCCAUCAUUCCCUUCAAUUCCUGGAUUUGGAACAACUAUUAUCGCUGCCAGUUCUGAGAUUGACGUCAUUGGUGGAUAUAUCAAUGGAGAAUUUGUCUCCACUGUGUCUGUCAUCGAUUGUAGAUCUCACAGUUGUCGCUUCCUCCCUAACAUGAAGGAGCCUCGUAAAUGCACCGCCGUGGGAUUGAUCGACGGGAAAUUAUAUGUUGUCAGAGGUUGUAACACUCCGUCUUUGAAUUGGGUCGAGGUAUUCAACUUCAAGGAAACUUAGGAGUCUGUCUUGAGUCUGGAUAAUGUGGACCUGGAGGAGCAAGUGAACUGCUUUGUGAUGAAUGAUAAGAUUUAUAGAAUGGGUCAGAAGACUAUUUUUGUUUACGAUCCGAAAAAGGGUAGAUUCGAGGAAGACUUGACGUUGAAUGCAUUAUGGAUGAAGGGUUUUUGCCCAAUUGAUAACAUGUUGUACGGUUUUUAUCUCGAGAGCCAAAUAUUUGCGUAUGAUUUAGUUGUGGGGAGUUGGACAGUCUUCUGGGUUGAAGGUCUACCUGAGAAGCUUGAAGGUUGUACAGGUACAAUUGUGAAUCAUGGUGGAAGACUUGCAAUUCUAUUUAAGAAGUCUCCAACAGAAAUUUGGUGUACAGAGAUUGCAAUGGAGAGGGCAGAAGAAGGAGGAUGUAUUAGUGGGGUGUGGUCUAAUCAUGUGCUUACUUUGACAGAUUCCUUCAUCAUUGAACGAGCUCUAACUGUAACAGUUUGAUCAUCCCAUGACAAGUGUUGUAACUUGUUUAAGGUUUGCUCUGACUCAAUUAUCCUUGUUUUUGUGAUGAAUGCAUGAAUUACUCUUUUAAGUAUUUGAUUGGAGCUUUUGCUGUUAUAUCGACGGUCUUGCAUUCAGAUGAGUUUGCAGCUUCAAACAUGAGAAACCUCGAAAUUAUUAGAGCCGCUUGGUUUUUACAAAGAUGAAGCAACUUAGUAGCCUUAGUAGCCUUUAAACUAUUGAAUGUCAGAAUUUAGAACCUAUCUUUUGGAUCUUUGUGCUAAAUGCGAGUCUUGCCCUUGUUUCUUGCUUGUACAACUCUAUGUAUGCAACUUCAUUGUUUGAUGAAAAGGUACUAACUUUGUUACCAA